GCCCCAAAAUUAUCACGAAAUUUUAGUUUAGCCUCAAAACUCAAAGAGAAUUACCCAGCCGAACCCCACUUCCUGUUAAACGAUUCGAUUACGUUCUACCACUCUCUGCACAGCAAAUUCAACUUCUUUGCACCUUCCGAGACCGAAUUCUGCUUCCAAAUAGGGCCAAUUUCCACCAAUUUGACUCAGUUCCCUCCAUACGAUGUCUAUCAGCUAGGAACGAUUGGCGGCACUCGGGGUCUCGAUGCUGGUUUUGACUAGGGAUUCGUUUGGGUAUUUGUAUUGAAAUUGUGUUCGGUGGAGUCAUGGAAUUCGGAAUUUCUGACAGUAGUGGAACAGAUGAUGACCUUCCUCCUUCACAUCAAAAUAGAUUUCAAAGAGCAGGCCACGCUGCUGGUAAUGGAAGAUCUGCAGUUGGUGGUUCUGCUCCUUUACCUAGGAUGCAUGCUGAUAUGGAAACCCAGAUCCACCACAUUGAACAAGAAGCAUAUUCUUCAGUCCUUCGGGCCUUCAAAGCUCAAUCUGAUGCAAUCACUUGGGACAAGGAAAGUUUGAUUACGGAACUUAGAAAGGAGCUCAGAGUAUCAGAUGAGGAACACAGAGAGCUUCUAUCCCAAGUUAAUGCUGAUGACAUAAUCCGGAAGAUAAGGGAAUGGAGGAAGGCAAGAGGGCUCCAACCUGGCAUGCUCAAUGCUACUCAGCCUGUUCACGAUCCCACACCUAGUCCUACAGUUUCAGCAUCACGCAAGAAACUGAAAACAUCACAAUCUGUAGCUCCCUUGUCCCUCGGUGGGCCAUCUCCUGCAAUGCAUCCAUCUGUGCAACCAUCUUUAUCGGCCUUGAGACGAGGUCCUCCUCCAGGAGCAAGGAAUAAGAAGCCAAAAUCAUCCAUGCAGUAUCCUUCUACUGGUCUUACAGGAAGGGCCCAGGUUGGUAAUCGUGGUUCUUCAGGUACCCUUGAGAGAAAUGGACCGACUGAGACUGCAACCUAUGAGCCAUUGAUUGGUAGAAAAGUAUGGACAAGGUGGCCCGAAGACAAGCACUUUUAUGAGGCAGUUAUAACUGAUUACAAUCGUGUUGAGGGCCGACAUGCUCUGGUGUAUGAUAUUAAUACUGCAGAUGAAACUUGGGAGUGGGUCAAUCUGAAAGAGAUAUCUCCUGAAGAUAUCAGGUGGGAAGGUGAGAAUCCUGGAGUUUCAAGUAAGAGUGGCCAUCCUGGACCAGGCCGGGGGGUAAAGAAAUCCAUUCCACGUGGUGGUGCAGUUGCCGGUGCAGGAAGAGGUAGAGGAUCAAAGGGCCGGUCCCAAAACCACUUUCCCUUAUCACAGAAUGGAAUUGGGAAGAAGGCAAUGGGUGAUAUUGAAAUAGUUCACACAGAUACACUUAUCAAGGAGGUAGAAAAAGUUUUUGGUGCUAAUCAUCCCGAUCCCUUGGAGAUAGAGAAAGCUAAAACAGUGCUGAAAGAGCACGAGCAAGCCCUUGUGGAUGCAAUUGAAAGGCUUGAAGAUGCAUCUGACGGUGAAAGCGAUGGAGAAAAUCGUUUCUUGCAGGGGCAGUCGACAGAACAAGGAUGAGGAAAACCGCAACAUGAUGCAACUGGUGAGAGUAGAGUAGUUGAAAGUCCUAAUGGGGAUAAAAUUGGAUAGAGAGGGUAGAGUCGCAUCCAUGAUCCACAAGAAUAAGGCCAUCACAUACAGUUCAAUUCAGCACCUAUGUAUGUAUACAUGUAGCAUGCCGUGUAAUGUAAAAAUCACCCAAGUUUUAUGCUCGGCUUGUGGUUUAUUAGUUAGAAAAGUAGGCUUGGUUAUUUUGUUAGUUUAACUUGGCUGGGAAAAUGCUUGUGUAAGAUGACUUGACCAUGUAAAUAUUAUUUUGAUAAUGCAUGCUAUUCUCUCUC